AGAGAACAAGAAAAAAUCGACGAAGAAGAAGAAGCGGCGCAUAGCGAUGACGUCAGGCUCACUAGUUCGAAGCUGCUAGUGUUUGUGUAAAGUAGUGUACGUCCUUGCAGGUGUUUCAGAUACCUGUGAAAUAUUAACAGCCUUUUUAUUUAAAUAGGUUUUAUUAUAAGCUCGGCAUGUCUUGGGUCCAAGCUGUUUCGCACAGUGGGGAGGAUGUUUUCGAUGAGAAUGCGGACGAUAUCAAUUUGCUGAGCAGAGAGUGGGCAUCAAACAUGAAGAAGCGAGUCCGGGAUGGUUAUGUAGACGGAGUUGAUGCCGGGGAGGAAGCCUCACUUCAAGUCGGUUUCAACCUGGGGUUCCGGGAAGGAGCCGCUAAGACUGUAGCUGUGGGCCGUCUCAAAGGAGUUGUCAGUGCUAUAGGUUGCUGGUGCCAAAUCCAACACCCGGAAAGCCCCGUCCCAGCCUCUGUGACCGACCUCCUGCAGCGGGUUUCACAGCAUGAAGACACAGUCAUGGAUGGCAUCAGAAAGGCUUUGGAGAAUCCACCUCCUAGUGUGAGCUCAGUCUCUGAGAGCAUGGAGGACCUGGAGGUGAAGCCAGCAGAUUCAGGCUGCUGUGGAGAGGGAUGUAAGGAAGCAGGCUGUUGCCAGGGAGGAGAUAAGAUGGACAUGGACAGUCCUUACCAGCAACAGAUGUCCUGUUCUGGGUCCACUGACUGCUCCUCCAGCUCAGGUGAAAGCCUAAACUACCUCUUGCAGUGCUGCAUGGAUCUUGUUUCUGAGCUUGGACUGCCGCAAGAGUUAAUCUCUCACAUACAAGAACUGAAGAACGUGGAGUGAUUGAACAUUAUGGAACAGAAUAAAGUGACUUUGGACAACACUUGGACAAGUACACGAACUAUGAAACAAAACAGAUUUUUGUGUAUGUUUUUAUUUUUUACAGAAGACAACUAAGAAUAUUUGAAAAUAAAAUUGAUAUGCUAUUUUUACUGCA